GAACCAGUAUGAGCGACGCUAAAAAAAAGGCCGCCGCCGAGCUAGCCGCGAAAAACCUCGCACAACUCCAGAAAAUCGACAUCGCCGCCAGCAAGAUUCUCGACAAGAUGCCAUUUGCCGCGAUUUAUCAUAUCGAUGCGGCGAGAAAAGAGUGGAAUCAGUCGAAUUGCGAAGGAACAUUUUUCGUCUAUCAGAGAGCUGAUCGGCCAUAUUUUAGUUUCCUCAUCGCAAAUCGCAACGAUCCAUCGGAUUUCAUCGAGCCGCUCACCCUCAACCAUAUUCUCCGCCACGACGGAAAUUUCAUCUACUUUUACAAGGAUUUGGCCUCAAUUCAAGCACUAUGGUUCCACCAGAUUGAUGAUGCUCAGAAAAUCUACAAUUUGUUGCAAAAACUCGUGAAUCGUCUGAAAGGAAGCACUACGGAGCAGGCUCGGGCCGCCAAGGCCGCCUCGGAGGCUCCACAGGCUUCGGUUCCGGCUCCAACGCAGGCUCCAGCAGCUCCAGCUCAAGCUCCACAAAUGGCUCCUCAAGCCCCACCAAAAGUGGAUCUUCUCCAGCUCAUAAAAAGUGCGCAAAAUCCGCCGCAAAAAUCUGCGGCAACGAUCGAACAAAUGCCGCCAAUGCUCCAGAAGCUGAUGCUCAAAGAGCCGGGAGCAGCAAUGUCGGCCGAUGAGCUCGAGAAGGAUCUUAUAAAGUCGGCAAAACCGCAUCGGAAUCAUCUUUUGCAAGAAUUUACUAACUCAACGUCGGCGAUUUCGUUGGCGGCGGUCUCGACGAAGCCUUUGCAUGGAUCGGAGGGUGAUGUGGAGUCGGAUAUUGCUGAAGGAGAGAUUUUAGAGCCACUUGAUGCUUCAUUUGUCGUUGGAAGUGGUGAACAGACGCCUGUUCUCAAUAAAGAACAGUUCAUCUCAGCAAUCGCCCACCUAAUGCAAACCGACGACGAAUUCGUUUCACAGAUUCAUCAAGCCUACGUCAGUGCACUCAAUCGGCGUCUAAAUAUCGAUUAAUUUCCCAUUUUUUCGACCUUUUUCUCAUUUUUCUGCUAAAAAUCCUAAUUUUCCCCGAUAUUUCCCUGAUUUCUUGCUGGUUUUUGAGUGAAAAAAUCAAAAUUUUCUCCGAUUUUUUGCUAAGAAAUUUUUUUUUCCGAUUUUUCCUGUGAAGAUUUCCAAUUUUUUGCUCGAAAAAUCCCAUUUUCCCUCUAUUUUUCCCACUUUCCAUAUUUUUUCAACGAAUAUUUUUUUGUGAAUAUUGUGUGAUUCCUCCUGAGCCCUUUUGCUCAUUUUUCCCCAUAAAAUUGUCCAUAUUUUGUUCACUGAAUGGGUCUCCCUAUUGAUGAUAUCUCAAACCACACCGCCCUCCAAAAAUUUUCGUUUUUUUAAAUUUAAAAUUCCCCAUUUUCUCCACUUUACUCUAAACUCUUGAUUGUGAAAAAUAAUAAAGGAAGUCGCGUCG